AUGUUUAGUGAGAACGAAGAUGACACAUGGGAGAGGAAACUUCACACAAGGAUCGAGAAUGUAGGCACAACCAUGUGGUUCUCUUUUCCCGAAUUCAACGAAGAGAGACAACAAAUUGAGCCAAAGUGUUUGGACGCCCACCAUUUGUUAGUAAAUCUUCGCUGUAAGGUGUGUAAAGAUGGCUUGCUUGGUGUACGGAAGGAGGCAUGGCAUAGAGUAGCAGAGAACAACAACUCCAUUAUCAGUAAUGCUAUCGUUGUUGACUUGGUGGAUAAACAAAAUAAUGCCUUUGCGAAAAGGACAUUUUCAAAAGCUGUUGAAGAUGAAAUGCGAAAUCUUGCGUUUUCUACAGAAGCAGACUUUUGCAGCCUUAUUCGUCGAUGGUACGAAUCUGAAGACUCAGGAGGUAUUUCUGCCGUAGAAAGAAUUCAACGAAAACUUGACCUGAAAUCCUUUUUGCUGAGGGAUGUUGAUUUUGGAGUUUUUCCUCCACCGGGGAUGUAUGUCAAAGGAUUCCCAAAAGUAAUGUACGAGGGUUUUCUCCAGAGAAUAGAUACAUCUAUUCAGUUGUACAGUAUUGUGAAAGGACAAUCUUAUAAUCAGAGAUCACUUUCAUCUCUUGUAAAUGAAACAUUCUUUGGUGAAUUAAGCGAGCUGGAACCAACAAAGCUUGGAUGUCCGAAAGCUGUUAGUGUCCCACGCCUCAUGGCUAAUGUUACAGAGAUGCAGCACUAUCGAUGUGAUCCAUCGGACAGAGCAUUCCAUAUCUGCACCACACGGAAGUCUGUGUACCCCAAUGAGAAACUGAUGGAACCUUUAUAUCAUACAUUUGAACAAAAUGAAGUUCAAGAGAUUUGCUACCUGAGGCCUGUGUCAUUGAUAUCACCAAGAAACCAUGCAUUCGAUGCCCCUGAGCUGUUUGGAAAGCGACAACUGAAGUCAAAGCGAUCUGAUAUAUCACAACCUAGUGGUGUAUCUAGAGGAUGCCUUCCA